GACCGUGGCGAGACAGGCCGCGGCCAGAUGUGGGGCGGCAGGACCGGCGCCUUGCUCCGGGUAUGGGGGCUGUGGCCCGCAGGGGUCCGCGGGCGGAGACCUCUAGGCUGCAAUGCUGCGUCUCUGGCCGGAAACAAUUCCCCCCAGUGUUGGAACUGCGGCGGCCCAGGGGUCCCCAAGCGGGGAGACGGGUUCUUCUGCCCACAGUGCCGCGCGCUGCAGCCACCUGACCUCACUCGAGAUUACUUCAGCCUCAUGGACUGCAACCGUGCCUUCGGAGUGGACACAGCGAAGCUCCAGAAUAGGUACCAGCAGCUACAGCGUCUUGUCCACCCUGAUUUCUUCAGCCAGAGGUCUCAGACUGAAAAAGACUUCUCAGAGAAGCAUGCGACCCUGGUGAAUGAUGCCUAUAAGACCCUCCUGGCCCCGCUGAGCAGGGGACUAUACCUUCUAAAGCUCCAUGGAGUAGAGAUUCCCGAAGGGACAGAUUAUGCAAUGGACCAGCAAUUCCUCAUGGAAAUAAUGGAAAUCAAUGAAAAACUUGCAGAAGCUCAAAGUGAAGCUGCUAUGAAAGAGAUUGAAUCUAUUGUCAGAGCUAAACAGAAGGAAUUGAGUGACAAUGUGAGCAAAGCUUUUGAACAAGAUGAUUUUGAAAAAGCCAAGGAAAUUUUAACAAAGAUGAGAUACUUUUCAAAUGUAGAAGAAAAGAUCAAGUUAAAGAAGAUACCUCUCUAAUGAUUACUAGUUUAAAAGUUUUAAAAAUAAAGUUCUUAUAUAUUUCU